AUGCAAGGUCUCUUUGGAGGGAAAACAGCUGCUAAAAGAGAUAUUAAUCCACUUAAAUCUUUUCUUUUCUUAUUACAUUUUCUCAUAGUUUCUCAUAGGAAUUUCUGCUACUCCGUCAAUUUUUCCGGUAUAUUCCCAGGCAGAAUUUUUUUUCAUCUUGUAUCUUUCAUCGCUGUCUAUUCAUAUAUCUAUAUCUCACCUGUACAUCUAUCUAUCUAUCUAUCUAUCUCAUUCUCUUCUUAUCACUUUACCUUCAGCCUGUAUAUAUCUGUUCCUAUCUAUCUAUCUAUCUAUCUAUCUAUCUUAUCAAUUUACCUUCAGCCUGUAUCUAUCUAUCUAUCUAUCUAUCUAUCUAUCUAUCUAUCUAUCUUAUCAAUUUACCUUCAGCCUGUAUCUAUCUAUCUAUCUAUCUAUCUAUCUAUCUAUCUAUCUAUCUUAUCAAUUUACCUUCAGCCUGUAUCUAUCUAUCUAUCUAUCUAUCUUAUCAAUUUAUUCAGCCUGUAUCUAUCUAUCUAUCUAUCUAUCUUAUCUAUCUAUCUAUCAUCUAUCUAUCUAUCUUAUCAAUUUACCUUCAGCCUCUAUCUAUCUAUCUAUCUAUCUAUCUUAUCAAUUUACCUUCAGCCUGUAUCUAUCUAUCUAUCUAUCUAUCUAUCUAUCUUAUCAAUUUACCUUCAGCCUGUAUCUAUCUAUCUAUCUAUCUAUCUAUCUAUCUAUCUUAUCAAUUUAUUCUUAUCAUCUAUUCUAUCUAUCUAUCUAUCUAUCUAUCUAUCUUAUCAAUUUACCUUCAGCCUGUAUCUAUCUAUCUAUCUAUCUAUCUAUCUAUCUAUCUAUCUAUCUAUCUAUCUCAUUCUCUUCUUAUCAAUUUACUUUCAGCCUGUAUCUAUCUAUCUAUCUAUCUAUCUAUCUAUCUAUCUAUCUAUCUAUCCUUACUUUUCAUUUCGGACUAGCUUUAAUUUCUUCGCAUUUAUCCUUCUCAUUACUACUUUUUUUUUUCAUUUUUCUAUCUAUUUACCUAUUUCUGUUCACUUCGUUUCAUGUCACCCUACGCGAUCUUAUUUUAUCAUAUUUACAUCAUUUUCUCUUUCUCUCUCUCUCUUUCUCUCUCUCUCUCUCUCUCUCUCUCUAUCUAUCUAUCUAUCUAUCUAUCUAUCUAUCCUCUCUUUCUCUUUUUACUCGUUGAAUUUUUCAAACCACUCUCAUAACACAGUGGCCGACCAGCUAAAUCAUAUGAUUUCCGUUCGUGAACUUAUCUUCCAUUUCUUCUUUCUUUUCCCCCUUUUUUAUUUAUUUGUUUAUUUUUUUUUUCACUUGGUUUUUUUGAAGACUUUUCACAGACUUUACCGCUGGUCUCUUUCUACACAUCCUGUUUCUCUUUCUUUUCUUUCUUUCUUUCUUUCUUUCUUUCUUUCUUCAUAUUCUUUUUCACUUUUUCUUCUUUUCCCCAAUUUGUUCUCUCUCUCUUUCUUUCUUUCUUUCUCUCUCUCUCUCUCUCUCUCUCUUAUUCGCAUGUUCUUUUCCUCUAUGUACAUUUCUCUUACUUUUCUCUCUAUCAUACCCAUUUGGAUGCUAUUUUCACUGUUUUUUUUCUCUUCCUCCCACUCCCUUAGGCUUCUCUUUCUUUCCUUCUCACGUACCGUACAAGACUACAACUAUGGCUCUUUUCAAGGUCUUCGGAUCAAUGAAGAGACUUAA